AUGUUUCUCUUCUCGUUUUUGUCUUUAUCGAAACGUCUUUUUCCUUUCUUUCUUUUUCUUUCUCCUCCUCCUCCUCCUCUCUCUCUCUCUCUCUCUCUCUCUCUCUCUCUCUAUCUAUCUAUCUAUCUAUCUAUCACAUUCUCUUGCUGGCUCGAUUUUAUAAUUUCCUUCCUCCUCCUUACUAAUUUCUCUUUUGUUGUUCUCUUUCUCCUCCCUCUCUUUAUCAGUCUUUAUCGUUCUUUUCCUUUCUUCUUCCUAACUUCUUCCAUUCAUUUUGUUCUGUCAAGAUAUAGUGCCUCUCUCUCUCUCUCUCUCUCUCUCUCUCUCUCUCUCUCUCUCUCUCCCAUCUCUCUCUCGCCAUCUCUCUCUCCAUCUCUCUCUCUCUCCACCUCUCUCUCCUCCCUCUCUCUCUCCCCAUCUCUCUCUCUCCACCUCUUUCUCUCUCUCUCUCUCUCUUUCUUUUUUAUUUUCUUUUUGGCAUAUUUGUGCAAGAUGAGCCUAUUAUUCGACCCUGUCAGUGUUACCUGCGCAACUUAUAACUCUUUGUUGUACCCAAAUCGAGAUGAGGGUUGCUCUUCUGUUAAUGCAAGCCCUUUGUCGCUUGGCCCGUCUCGCUUUCUCCUGCCUAAAAAGAAUUGUUCAAGUCACAAACGGUAA